AUGAAAGGAAAAGCCGAGCUGCUACGUGCCAAGAAGAAUCUCGAAUCGGAGAUCAACAUGCAGAUCGACGAAGAGCAGCGCAAUCGCGAGGAAUUCCGUGAGAACUAUCUAUCGGCCGAGAAACGUCUGGCGUUGGCACAAUCCGAAAAAGAGGACAUUCAGGCGAAUAUCAUGCAGACGGAAAGACUGAAAAAGCAACAAGAAGCCGAGCUGGCCGAAUGUAAACAACAGAGCAGUGAGUUGACGACGAGGAACGCGAACUUGAAAGCGGCCAAAAAGAAGCUCGAAGCCGAAAUGCAGUUGAUCAGGGGUGAACUGGAUGAGACUCUAAACGAGCUGAAGGCAUCUGAGGAACGUUCGAAGAAGGCGAAUGCGGAUGCAGCACGUCUUGGUGAGGAGUUGAGACAGGAGCAGGAGCAUGGC